UGUGAAAUGGCUAGCUAGUUAGCGGGUACGCGCUAGUAGCGUUUCAAUCAGUUACGUCACUUGCUCUGAAACCUAGAUGUAGUGUUGCCCCUUGCUCUGCAGAGGCCGCGGCUUUUGUUUAGCGAUGGGUAACGACGCUUCGUGGGUGUCAGUUGUUGAUGUGUGCAGAGGGUCCCUGGUUCGCGCCCGUGUCGGGGCGAGGGGACGACGUAAAGUUAUACUGUUGCACCAAUUCAGAGCAUUGUCAGGUUGUCUUUUCAAAUUCAGAGCGUUCAGGGUAGGGUUGGUCCGAGCGUUCUGACCUCACAAAGGCAGUCAAGUAACCAAGCUAACAGGUUAAGACAUGUCGUGGCUGCCUAUGCUUGGUUUGACUGCCCUGCCUCAUCUAGGGGGGCUCUAUGGAGGCUACGUGACACGCAAGCAGGUGAAAACCUGGUACACCACUCUCAACAAGCCAUCAUGGCGUCCACCUAAUGCUGCGUUCCCAAUAGUGUGGACCACCCUCUACACAGGCAUGGGGUAUGGCUCCUACCUGGUGUGGAAGGAGUGUGGGGGUUUUACUGAGGAUGCUGUGGUACCUUUGGGAUUCUAUGGGUUGCAGUUGGCUCUCAACUGGGCCUGGACUCCCAUCUUCUUUGGAGCACACAAGUUGAAAAUGGCACUCAUAGAGAUAGUGAUGUUGACUGGUGCUGUUGGAGCCACCAUGGUAUCCUGGUACCCCGUCAAUCGCACAGCCAGCCUGCUCCUGACACCCUACCUUGCAUGGCUGUGCCUGGCCACCUCCCUUAACUACAGCAUAUGGAGAGAUAACCCGGAUGAGGAUGAAAAGGAGGAGUAGAAACACAGUAUUCUCUGUACUUGAUUCCAGCUCCAUUGGCCAAACAAUUAAACUAUUUGUAUAAUGAUGUGCUACUGCAUUUUUGUCUUUUUUUUUUUUACAUUAAAAAGGUUUCUCCCAUAACCUAAUCGCCAAUGAAGAAAUUGGGGCUUGGCUUUUGCAAGAUUUAAGAAAUCAUAUUUUUCAAUGCCCUUUAAUUUAUUCCAAUAUUUCUGUUGAAGAAGCUUACCAUGGCUUUGCAUUAUACCGAUAUUUCCUUGUCUUAUUACAAGGAAAGUACAUGCCAGGAAAGCCUUAAGUAUAUCAGACUUUAUUGACAUUUGCCUAUUAUGUUGUUCAUAUUAAAAAACGUCAAACUUUA